UUUAAUUUUAGGUAAACGGUGCAUGGUCUCUCCCAAAUUUUGUAUGUGAUUUUUAUAUUGCCAUGGAUGUGAUAUGUUCCACAUCAUCGAUAUUUAAUUUAGUUGCAAUAUCAAUAGACAGAUAUAUAGCUGUAACACAACCAAUAAAAUAUGCAAAACAUAAAAAUAGUCGUCGUGUAUGCUUAACAAUAUUAUUAGUAUGGGCAAUAUCAGCAGCAAUUGGUUCACCAAUUGUAUUAGGUUUAAAUAAUACACCAAAUCGUGAACCAGAUCUAUGUAUAUUUUAUAAUACCGAUUUUAUAUUAUAUUCAUCAUUAAGCAGUUUUUACAUACCUUGUAUUAUAAUGGUAUUUUUAUAUUGGAAUAUUUUUAAGGCUUUGCGACAUCGUGCCCUAAAACAUCGUGCUGCCCGUAAACCAAAUCUAUCAGAUAUGACAACAGGUGGAAGUGUUAUUGAAAAUGUAGCACAAACAAGACGUUUAGCUGAAACAACAUUAGAUAGUAGUAUACGUGGUGUUGGUGUUGUAUGUACAACUGGUGCUCGUAUUAUGCCAGAUGAUCAACCAACAAAUACUGCAUCUGGUUCAAAUGAAGAAGAAGAUGAAAACGCAAUAUCACCAGAAGAUAUUGAUGAUUGUCAUGUUAUUGUAAAUGAUAAAUCAACUGAAUUUAUGUUAGCAACUGUUGUUGAAGAAACUGGAAAUCAAAAUUCAAAAUUAUUAAAAAAAAAUUGCAGUGUUGUGGCACAGAUAACAACAACCCCAAAUUUGGUUGUAGCGGAUCCAAAUGGUAAUCAUGAUUCUGGUUAUGCUCCAUCAAACGUUGAUGAUGUUAUUGCAGGAAAUAGUACACAAUUGACACCACCAGAAAGUCCAAUGCCAAGUGGAAGUUUAAAGAAGACUAGUAGCCUAAGUAGUAAAAGGAAUGGUCUAGAAGCAAAUGGAGGUUCACCAAAACGAGAAGGAACGGGUGUACCUAUGAAACCGUUAUCAUUUGUACGUUAUGGUGUACAAGGAGCUUUAGCCUUAACAAGACAUGAUUCAACAAUGUCAACAACAUCAAAAGCAUCACGAAAGGAUAAAAAGAAUUCUCAGACAUCAAGGUUCACCCUUUAUAAAGUUCAUAAAGCUUCAAAAAAGAAAAGAGAAAAAUCAUCAGCUAAAAAGGAACGUAAAGCGACCAAAACUUUGGCAAUUGUUUUAGGUGUAUUUUUAAUAUGUUGGUUACCAUUUUUCUCAUGUAAUAUUAUGGAUGCAUUAUGUACAAAAUUAGAUAAAGAUUGUUCACCUGGUGUUACCGUAUUCAUAUUAACAACAUGGUUAGGUUAUAUGAAUAGUUUUGUUAAUCCAAUUAUUUAUACAAUAUUUAAUCCAGAAUUUCGUAAAGCAUUUAAAAAAAUUAUGCAUAUGGGGUGAUUAUUGUUAUUUGCUACAUAUAUG